AUGAAUUCUCUAUCAAGUCAUGAAAUGAAAAACGUUUCCUCUGAUCAUGUAGUUAUGAAAAAUAAGGAUGAACGAACGGUUACAAUCAAGAUAUACAAGGAUUGGAAAAUAAGAAUCUACAAGCCACUGAUCUCCCUCAAAUUGGCUCUUUUCAUCUAUUAUGGAGGUGGGUCAGUCAUGGGUUCUUUUCUCAUAGUCUUUUUGAAGCAAAGAGGAAUGACUCUAUCAGAAGUCUCAGUACUGUACAUUAUAACUCCAUUUGUUCAAACUUGUGGACCAGUUGUAGCCGGAAUUAUAGCAGAUAAAAUAGGACGAUCAAAACCUGUUCUUAUUGGAAAUAUUCUCCUUGCAAUAUUAACUGUGGGAAUCUUGAUUACACUUCCACGAUUAAAUGGAGACUGCAAUGAUUCCCAUUCCAUCAAAAUGAGCUGUUCAGAAUCUUUUUACAGGCUGGAAACAACUUUUGCGAGAAGUUUCACUGCAAACAAUUUACAUCUAGAUCUCUGCAAUGCUCAGUGUUCGAAAAAUGUGACUCAGAAGUGUACAGGAAGUAACUUAAUAUGUGAAUUACUAUCAAGUGCAAGUUACAUGAACUUCUCUUUAGUGGCAAAUGUCAAUGCUUCUCAAAAGUCUGAAAGUGUCGGCUACCAUUAUUUAAACGCAGUUUUAUUUAAUAACAUAUCAUACACUAGUUGCAAUGAUCAUGAUAAAAUUAACUGUGAAAUUAACUGCACUGUAUUAUCUUUUGAAGAGUGUUCCAACAUUCGCAGUUACCGGACAAAUCUUCUCGUGGUGUAUUACAUCAAUCUCGUUAUCUUUUAUACAUUUUUCUCUAACUGUUAUAGAUUCUUGGAUGUCACUUCCAUGACUUUAGUAAAAGAACAUGGCUCACAUUAUGGAAGAGAACGAUUUUUCGCUAUUUUUGGUGUCUUAGUGUUUUCUUCUCUUGGUGGUUACAUCGUAAAAGCAACAACAAGCGUUGGAGAAGAGAAGAAUUAUUAUUCUGCGUUUUACUUAUUUCUCACAAUGCUUCUAGUCACAUUAAUGGCGGCUUGCAAACUUGAAGUGGUAAUUAAAGCACCGGGAGAACAAAUGUGGAAGAAAACACUUGGCAUGGCCAAAAAUCCUGAUAUCGUUUCAUUUGCGAUAGUUGUCUUCAUUUUAGGUAGUUCUUGGGGAUUUACAAAGAUUUACAUGUUUUGGUAUUUAGAAGACUUGAAAGCUUCAAGCGUUUUAAUGGGCUUGCUGCCAGCUGUGGCUGGUUUGUAUGGACUGCCGUUUCUGUUGACCUCCAAAUGGUGGGUGGAGAAGAUUGGACCAACGAACAUAUUUCUUUUAGGACUCAUUGGAUAUGUAAUAAGUGCAAUUGGGUACUCAGUUUUAUAUAACCCUUGGUUAUCUUUACUGUUAGAAGCUACAUGCAUUUUAACUUAUCACCUGUUAUGGGUGGCAGUGAUCCAGAAUUCUCAUGAUAUUGCCCCUGAAGGGAUGACAGCUACAGUAAUUGCAACAGCUGGAGGCAUUCACUACAGUAUAGGUAAAGUUUCUGGAAGUAUGAUUAGUGCAUUCAUAAUGAACGCAUACGGAGGCAGAAAUGCUUUCAGAGUUGUAGCAGUCAUAUGUUUGGUUUCUUCUGUGUUUUAUGGCUUAUAUCUGUAUGUCAGGCGAAGAUAUCUACACAACAAGAGUUCCAAAGGCAUCUAA